AUGGAGGCAGAGGAGCGCCCUGCAAAGCUUCGGAAGCUUGACUCGGACAAUGACCCUGGCCUGACUGAAGAUGCAGAUACUCCUCCUCUGUUGUCAAACCUGCCUGGCACGGUCACUGGCUCCGCCGAUGCUCGGUCGAUGCAAAACAGUAAGCCAGAGGAGUGUGCUGCUAAUCUUCAAGACCCUCCAGACACACGAGAGGAAGUCGACGGUCGAGAUGAGUCGGACGACCUAGAGCUAGACUCUGAAAGCAAACCAGACCUCAGCCACAAAGCGCCACAGCAGCAGCAAGACGGCGACGCUUCGAAGCCUCUCUCUAAGAACCAGCUGAAGAAACUAAAGAAGCGAGAAGAAUGGGAGGCGGCCCGAGAUUACCGCAAAGCGAAGCGAAAACAGAAGAUACAGGAGAAGAGGGCGAGGAAACGAGCAGCGCGAGAAGAGGAGGAACAGAAUCGUCUCCAAACACUGCAACAACCGUCCCUUGUCGGCGGGAAAGGGACGGUAGGAGAAGUUGACGGAACGAAGACCACGACGUCGAUGCCGCCACAGCAGCCACCCCCGAAGAUGAAGUUCCGCCGUCCCGUCCAAGUCCCCAUGACCAUCCUCAUAGACUGCGGCUUCGACGAGCUCAUGAUGGAAAAAGAACGGAUAUCGCUUGGCUCGCAACUGACGCGGUCAUACUCGGACAACUCUCGCACGCGGUAUCAGUCACACCUCGUGAUUAGCUCCUGGGGUGGGUUACUGAAGGAGAGAUUCGAUACGGUGCUCAGCAAGCAUUAUCUCAAUUGGAGGAAUGUGACCUUCGUGGAAGGUGACUUUGUUGAGGCGGCGAAGAAGGCCGAAGAGUUGAUGAGAGGGCCAGGUGGUGGGAAGCUGGUCGGAUGCUUUGAGAAACACGCUGUUGCUGCUGCUGCUCCACCCGCUGGCACUGAAUCUCCGGUAGUUUCUAAGGACGCAACAUCUCAAGAUCUCAAAGCUGCAGAUAACUCUUUACGAUCUGAAGAGGACGGAAAAGGCGAUGGAAAUGGCCUUCUCAAGCCCCAGGAAACAGCAACACCAAAUGCCUCCGUGUCCGCCGAACCAGGGGUUCAACACUCUUCGCCAUCGGACCCGCCAGUACCUCCUCAAGGCGAAGUCAUCUACCUGACCUCCGACUCGCCCGACACCCUCACCACUCUGUCGCCCUACUCGACGUACAUCGUCGGCGGACUGGUGGACAAGAACCGCCACAAGGGCAUCUGCUACAAGACCGCCAUGGCUCGCGGGAUCAAGACGGCAAAGCUGCCCAUCGGGGAGUACCUCGAGAUGACGUCCCGCAAGGUGCUGGCGACGAACCACGUCGUGGAGAUCCUGCUGCGCUACCUGGAGGAGGAAGACUGGGGUAAGGCCUUUUUGAGGGUCAUCCCCAAGAGGAAGGGUGGUAAGUUGAGGGAGAGUGCGGCAGGAGAAGGAAAUGGAGAAAAGAACGGGAGGCCUGCCGAGGCGGACGACGACGGUGCCGGUGACGAUACUGCUGAGGACGAUUACGAUGAUGAUGAUAAUGAUGAUGACAACGGUGAUCGUGAUGUCAACAAGGAGGAACAAAGGAACGGCGAACGAGUAUCUCGCGCUCUCGAAGCUGAGCUGCAGAACCAGCGGGUGCCGGAGCCGGAGCCGGGACAAAAUACGAAUCCCGCGUGA